AUGUUGUCCAGAUCUUUUACUAGAGGCCUCAAGGCUAACAUGGGAUUGGCCUCCCAGGUUAGAGCUUUGUCUUCCACACAAACCGCUCUGAAGUCCACCUACGAUUCUCCGGAUUUCACCCACUACCUCAACAAAUCCAAAGAAACCAAUGACAAAUCGAGAGUUUACACCUACUUCAUGGUGGGCUCGUACGGAUUGGUUUCUGCUGCUGCCGCCAAGUCUACCGUUGAGGCCUUCUUGACCACCAUGACUGCUUCCGCAGAUGUGUUGGCCAUGGCCAAGGUGGAGGUGAAGUUGAGUGCCAUUCCUGAGGGAAAGAACGUUGUUGUGAAAUGGCAAGGUAAGCCAGUUUUCAUCAGACACAGAACACAAUCCGAGAUUGCCGAGGCCAACGAGGUGGAUAUCUCUUCUCUUAGAGACCCUCAGAAGGAUGCCGACAGAGUCAAGAACCCAGAGUGGUUGAUCAUGUUGGGUAUCUGUACCCACUUGGGUUGCGUUCCUAUUGGUGAGUCCGGAGACUUUGGGGGAUGGUUCUGCCCAUGUCACGGUUCCCACUACGACAUUUCUGGUAGAAUUAGAAAGGGACCGGCUCCAUUGAACCUCGAAAUCCCUGAAUACGAAUUCUCCGAUGAAUCUACUUUGGUUGUUGGUUGA